AUGAGGAUGCGCAGGAUGAGCGUGGUGUUCUGGAAGUCGUACUCCAGGCUGAAGUGGAUCUGCCCCACGUUCUCCACGGGCUCGCUGUUGUCAAUGUACAUGUCGACCAGCGAGAUGGAGCGGCUCUGCAGGAACGCCAUCUGGGGGCAAGGGGGCACCGGCGUGAGCGCGUGCGGCCGCGCGCAAACCCAGGGUCUCGCAGCUGUUUUGUGCGUUGGCCACGCGUGCAAACGCAGUCGCGUGCCCCCUCCCCCCCCCCGUCGCAGAGACAAGGGGGGGGGGGGGUCUACUCUACUGUUCUAUAAUCUAGACGUACUGAAUCCGUGCUGUUGGGUGAAACAACAUACCAGUCGACCGAGGAGGCCAUGGUUGGAGAAAACAAAAAAACAGAUUCAGACUGGCUCACAUGGUCACAGACAAGUUGCACUUAGCGAAAGACUUGCUGGAAUACUCUUGGAAUCCGCAACAGAAACAUCUAAAUACGCCCCAAGUAAUCUUAUGCGCUGCAAGAAUAGCGUCAUUUCCCAUUCUCCAACCGCUCGGUCAACUUAUCAAGAACAAUACAAGAUCCUGCCAUUCGCACAAAUCUCCUCUAAGUGA